GAUUAACGAGAAACAAUGGGAGAGAGAAGGGGGAGGGGGGACGCACCCACCAAAGCUAAAGGUGGGACCCUUUUUCUACUAUAAAAAGGGCCUUAGGGGGAUGGCUUCCUCAUCCCAUCGCCCCCAACUCCGUUCACUCCGUUUUCUUGAUUUGCUUCCUUUAUUUCGUUGUUUCUUUUCUCUUGUUUUCCUUUUCUUCUCUCUUUGGGGCGCCAUUGGGGUCUCUCGGGAAGUCUGAGGCUUGAAGAAGGAAGCAAAAGAAGCCAUGGCAACCCCUGCUUUGAGCCGCAUUCACAGUGUGCGUGAGCGCCUUGGUGACACUCUGUCCGCCCAUCCGAAUGAAUUGGUGGCCCUCUUCUCAAGGUUUGUUAACCAGGGGAAGGGAAUGCUGCUGCCUCAUCAGUUAUUAGCUGAAUACGAAGCUGUCAUCCCGGAAGUGGAUAGAGAAAAGCUGAAGGAUGGAGUCUUUGAGGAUGUUCUGAAAGCUGCACAGGAAGCAAUUGUUUUGCCUCCAUGGGUUGCUCUUGCUAUUCGCCCCAGGCCCGGUGUCUGGGAGUAUGUAAGGGUGAAUGUGAGCGAGCUGGCCGUGGAAGAGUUAACUGUUCCCGAGUAUUUGCAGUUCAAGGAAGAACUUGUGGAUGGAAGUGGCCACAAUAACAACUUUGUGCUGGAAUUGGACUUCGAGCCCUUCAAUGCUUCUUUCCCUCGUCCCUCGCUUUCGAAAUCCAUUGGCAAUGGAGUGCAAUUCCUUAAUCGUCAUCUCUCCUCAAAGUUGUUCCAUGACAAAGAAAGCAUGUACCCUUUGCUUAAUUUCCUCCGAGCGCAUAACUACAAGGGGACGUCGAUGAUGCUAAAUGAUAGAAUUCGCAGCCUUAGUGCUCUCCAGGCUGCACUAAGGAAGGCAGAGGAAUAUUUGUUGAGUAUCCCAUCAGACACCCCAUACUCGGAAUUCAACCACAGAUUUCAAGAGCUUGGUUUGGACAAGGGAUGGGGUGACACAGCUCAGCGUUGUCAUGAGACUAUCCAUCUCCUUCUAGAUCUUCUGGAGGCACCUGAUCCGUGUACCUUGGAGAACUUCCUCGGCACAGUUCCUAUGAUGUUUAAUGUUGUCAUCCUUUCUCCUCAUGGCUACUUUGCCCAAGCUAAUGUCUUAGGGUAUCCCGACACCGGUGGCCAGGUUGUUUAUAUUUUGGAUCAAGUUCGUGCUUUGGAGAAUGAGAUGCUACAAAGAAUAAAGAAACAAGGUCUUGAUAUCACACCUCGUAUUCUCAUUGUGACCAGAUUGCUGCCUGAUGCAGUAGGCACCACUUGUGGUCAGCGUCUUGAGAAGGUCCUUGGAACAGAGCACACACACAUCCUUCGUGUUCCAUUUAGAACAGAGAAUGGGAUUAUCCGGAAGUGGAUCUCACGUUUUGAAGUAUGGCCUUACCUGGAGACCUAUGCUGAGGAUGUUGCACAUGAACUAACAGGAGAAUUGCAAGCCAAGCCAGACCUGAUAAUUGGAAACUACAGUGAUGGAAACCUAGUAGCUUCUUUAUUGGCACAUAGACUGGGAGUUACUCAGUGCACCAUCGCCCAUGCCCUGGAGAAAACAAAGUAUCCAAAUUCAGAUAUAUACUGGAAGAAGUUUGAGAACCAGUAUCACUUCUCUUGCCAGUUCACAGCUGAUUUAAUUGCAAUGAACCAUGCGGACUUCAUCAUCACCAGUACCUUCCAAGAGAUUGCUGGAAGCAAGGACACUGUGGGACAGUAUGAGUCUCACACUGCCUUCACUCUUCCUGGGCUCUACCGUGUCGUGCAUGGGAUUGAUGUCUUUGAUCCAAAAUUCAAUAUUGUAUCCCCUGGAGCUGACAUGUCCAUCUACUUCCCACACACGGAGCAGCACAAAAGACUCACCUCCCUCCAUCCAGAGAUUGAGGAGUUGCUUUACAGUCCUGUUGAGAAUUCUGACCACAAGUUUGUUUUGAAGGACAGAAGCAAACCCGUUAUAUUCUCCAUGGCAAGGCUGGACCGAGUGAAGAACAUUACUGGUCUGGUUGAGCUGUAUGGCAGGAAUCCUCGUCUGAGGGAAUUGGUCAACCUUGUAGUGGUGGCCGGAGACCAUGGAAAAGAAUCCAAAGAUCUCGAAGAACAAGCAGAGAUGAAGAAGAUGUACAGUCUCAUUGAACAGUACAAAUUGGAUGGUCACAUCCGAUGGAUCUCUGCUCAGAUGAACCGUGUUCGCAAUGGUGAGCUCUACCGGUACAUCUGUGACACCAAGGGAGUGUUUGUGCAGCCCGCCUUCUAUGAAGCUUUCGGGCUCACCGUUGUUGAAUCCAUGACGUGUGGACUGCCAACAUUUGCGACGUGCCAUGGAGGACCUGCCGAAAUUAUAGUGCAUGGUGUUUCUGGCUUCCAUAUUGAUCCUUAUCAGGGGGACAAAGCUGCUGAACUGCUUGUAGAUUUCUUCGAGAAGUGCAAGGAAGACCCGAGCCACUGGGCCAAAAUCUCGCAAGGAGGGUUGCAGCGAAUUGAAGAGAAGUACACUUGGAAGCUCUAUUCCGAGAGGUUGAUGACCUUAUCCGGUGUUUAUGGCUUCUGGAAAUAUGUCUCAAACCUGGAUAGGCGUGAGACCCGUCGUUACCUCGAGAUGUUCUAUGCCCUCAAGUACCGUAACUUGGCAAAGUCUGUUCCUCUGCAUGCUGAUGGUGAGAUAGCAGCCAACGGCACCAAGUAGUCUGGAUAGGAGGCAAGCGCGAGUUCUGUGUUCCGCUUUUUUUUGAUUUAAUUUAGGAGGAACUUUGCUUUCUGAGUUCUUGUUUGCGCCAUUGUUGUUUAGAGCUGAUUUUGGGGCAAUUUGAGAAGUGUUUGCUGUUGCUUUUUAAUUUCCAUGUUAUGUAAGGCUUAAUUGCCAUUUGAUGCUCAAUAAAAUAAGUAUUAUUUUCUUUCUCAAAAAA